AUCAGGACUACAACUCAGUAAAUGUGAAACCUACCGUGACUUGAUUCAUGUCAGAGCUCGGUCUGCAUGGUCAUGUUGAGUUAUUACGUGAAUGUCCUGCUGAUAUGACAUGUGCAUACUUCAGAUCAGGAUGAGUAAAGAAAUGGAGGAGCUUUCUCCCCUGGGCGACUCGGGACACGGGGAUGGGUCUGAGGAAGAAACAGAGGAGGAUGAUGAGCCCAAAAUUUGUCAAGUAUGCGGUGACAAAUCCACAGGCUACCACUUUAACGCCAUGACAUGUGAGGGCUGCAAAGGCUUCUUCAGGCGUGCCAUGAAGCGACCCGCACAGCUCAGCUGCCCGUUUCAGAAUGCCUGUGUCAUCACCAAGAGCAACAGGAGACAGUGCCAGUCCUGCCGUCUCCAGAAAUGCCUCUCAAUGGGCAUGAAGAGGGAGCUGAUCAUGUCGGAUGAGGCCGUGGAGAAGCGGAGGAUGCAGAUCAAGAGGAAGAGGAUGCAUGAGGAGCCCGUAAUGCUCUCCCCUCAACAGGAAGCUGUCAUAGAGGAGCUGCUCUCCGCACAUCAAAAGACCUUCGACAUGACUUGCGCCCAAUUCAUUCAGUUCCGGCCUUUAGAUCGGGAUCAAAAUUCCAUGUCUGAGUACAGUCGAGAACCAAAAACCGGCAGAUACUCUAACCCAACCAUGCAUAAACCACCGCCUGAAGAUGGAGUGCAGCGGACGGUCAACCUCUCAUCCCCUUCCUCCAGCUUUCAGAGUCUUGAAAAUAAAGAGAAGAAGUGGCUUAAAGGUGCCAUUUUCACCUCUUUGCCACAUUUUACAGACCUCACCACAUACAUGAUCAAGAAUGUAAUCAACUUCAGCAAGACGCUUGCAAUGUUCAGGACUCUGAUCAUAGAGGACCAGAUCUCACUGCUGAAGGGCGCUACCUUUGAGAUCAUUCUGAUUCACUUCAACAUGUUCUUUAAUGAGAUGACAGGCAUUUGGGAGUGCGGCCCGCUGCAGUACUGCCUGGAUGACGCCAUGCGAGCUGGUUUUCAGCAGCAUCUGCUGGACCCUAUGAUGAAUUUCCAUUACACAUUGCGCAAGCUGCACUUGCAUGAAGAGGAGUAUGUGCUGAUGCAGGCCAUCUCGCUCUUCUCACCAGAUCGACCUGGUGUGACGCAUCACAAUGUGGUCGACCGUAACCAGGAAACGCUAGCUCUCACCCUGAAGACCUACAUCGAGGCAAAGAGGGCCGAGCCAGAUAAGCAUCUGCUGUACCCGAAGAUCAUGGCGUGCCUGACCGAGAUGAGGAGUAUGAACGAAGAGUACACAAAACAGGUGCUGAAAAUCCAGGACAUUCAGCCUGAAGUGUCUCCGCUUUUGUUGGAAAUAAUAAGUAAAGACGGCUGCUAGGACACUAAAGGUUAAAAGACUAGUCAAAACUUGCAAGGACGAGGGCGGUGACUACUGGUGAUGAACUACUGAACAGCAGCACACGGUAAUCGUGAAAUUGUUACUUAA